AUGUUAGAGUGGGUUCCAUAUUCUCGAAUUACAAAUUUAAAGGAAAUAGCAGAAGGAGGAUAUGGUAAAAUUUAUAAAGCAUCAAUUAAUGGAAAUAUUGUUGCAGUAAAAGAGUUUCUAAAUUCUCAAGAUCCUAGUAAAUAUUUUUUAAAUGAGAUAAAAUCACUUUAUCAAUGUUAUGAUAAUAAAUUUGAAUAUAUUAUUAAAUGUCAUGGUAUUACAAAAAAUCCUAUGACAGAUAAAUUUAUGUUUAUCAUGAAGUAUGCAAAUGGAGGUGAUUUACAUAAUUAUUUACAAAAGAAUUUUACAAAGAUUACAUGGAAGAAAAAAAUGCAUAUCUUAUGGAGGAUUUCGGAUGGGCUUCAAACUAUCCAUGAAAAAGAUUUUAUACAUCGAGAUUUUCAUAGUGGUAAUAUAUUAGUUGAAAUAACUGAAAUUGAUUCAUGUAUAAUUGACCAAUAUUUGAUUGGAGAUUUAGGAUUAUCACAACCUGCGAAUAAUACUUUAUCAAACAAUGAAAUAUAUGGAGUUAUACCAUACGUUGCUCCAGAAAUAUUUAAAGGAGCUGCAUUUUCAAAAGCAUCUGAUAUUUACAGCAUGGGUAUGAUUAUGUGGGAAUUGACAACUGGUUGUAAACCCUUUGCUAAUAUUGAUGAGGAUGAUGUUCAUUUAGUUUAUAAAAUUAUUGAUGGAAUAAGACCUGAAAUUACAGAUGAUACUCCUGAAGAUUUUGUUAAUUUAAUUAAGAAGUGUUGGAAUCCUGAACCUAGAAAAAGACCUUCAGCAAAAAGAAUUUGCGAAAGUUUUAACCUUUGGGCAAAUAUGGAAAAAGAUGUUGAUCAAUUUAAUCAAGCUGAGGAAAUACGAUUAGAGCUAAUUCAAUCUAAGUUGCUUGGACCAGAAUCUAUUGGAAAAUUUCAUUCGAAAGCGACCUAUACAAGCAGACCAUUAAGUUCUUUUAUUUCCACAUCUACUAAUACAUCAAUGAAUUCAUUUAAACAAGGAUAUGUAACAAAAGAAUACGAGAUUGAUAUAAAUGAUAUUCAAAGGCCAAGUAGAGAUUUUAUAAUUGAAAAUUCAAACACCCAGCAAGUAAUUUAUACUAGCAAACCAUUAAGCAAAUUAAUUUCAGAAAUAAAUCCUUCAAGAAAGCGGAAUAUUGAAGACGAAACUCAAGCUAAUGGAGUUGUUAGAAAGCACGUUAAAAUUAGUAACGAAAUUAACACAGAAUCUCAAGAGUAA